AAGAUAUUCAAGAAAAUUAUUUAGAAAUUAUUAGCUUAGCAAUUUUAACUAUUCUUCGUAGUCAAGGCUUUUUUACUGAUAUGCAAUAUCUCUCAAAAGUUUUAUUCCUAAUUAAAGAUGCAAUUUUGUCAGUUGAAGCAAAUCGUUCUAUACUUGCUAAUUGUUAUAUUAAUUUGAUGAAAAUUGCUGCAGCAAUACAAAGUCUUCCUGCUAAUAAAUAUAAGGGAUUUUCAAAAGUUUAUCGGUUCAAUUUAUCAAAUCCUGUAAAACAACUUCGUCAUGCUCAACCUAUAGAAGUAAUACCUGAAAUAAUGGCAAAUAUUGCAGAAACAGUGUUUAAAGAGUUUGAAGAAGAAACAAUAAUGGAAGAUGAUGACGCUGAAUUAUCUAAUCCUGCUAAAGAUCUUUAUCCUAAUGAACCAGACUUAAGUUUAAAUAUUUCAACUUUUAUUGAUCUUCGUGCUUUAGUUUUUAUAUCUGAAAAUUAUAAAAAUGAAGAGCUUAACGAAGUUGAGUCUGACUACUAUGACUUACAAGAAAGUAAUGAUGAUUACGAUGUGGAUGAAAUUGUUGCCAGACAAUUGAGCGAUAAUUCAUAUUAG